UGCUUCCACCCAUCUAUCCACCAUGAGCAGCGCCGACGCGGGCCCGUCCGCCCUGUCGCCUACGUCGCCGCGCGCGUCCGCCGACAUGCCCCGCUUCAGCGGGAGCGGGGACGAGCUCGAGCGCGUGCGCGCGGAGAAAGACCACCUCAGCCACCAGUACCGCAGCUUGCUCGGCAAGCUGACGGCGAUGCGCAACACGCUCGGCGAGAAGUUGAAGGAGGAUGCGGAAGAGCUGGACCGGCGCGAAGCGCAGAUCCACACGUUGACGGACGAAGCGGCGGGCUUGCACGCGACGAUUGCGACGCUGCGCGCCGAGCUCGAGGGCGCCUCGGCCGAGUCGGCCGCGCUGAGCGCACAGCUCGCGCACCUCCGCUCGCAGAGCGACUCGAGCAGCAGCGACGUGCUCUCGCUCACGCGGGAGAUGCGCGAGCUGCGCGGCGAGAUGGAGCGGCUGCGCGCGGAGCGCGAAGAGUGGGAGGGCGAGGCGGGGCGCGAGCGCGAGCGGCGCGAAGCGCUCGAAGACGAGGUGCGGGGCGCGGAGCGGCGCGAGCGCGCGGCGCGCGACGACGCCGAGCGCGCGGUGCGCGAGGCUGAGCGCGAGCGCGAGCGCGCGGAUAAUUUGCAAGAUGUGCUGGGCGAGUUCCAGAACGCGAAAGACGCCGAGCUGCGACAAGCGACCGCCGAGCUCGAGGCGCAGCUCAAGCGCGCCACGGUCCAGUUGUCAGAGUACAAGUUGCGGUGCGCGAAUGCCGAGUCGUCGGUCUCGACGCUGUCGUCGGACGCGGGGCGCGUGGCCCAGCUGGAAAAGGAGGCGCGGGACAAGGCGGCUGUCAUCGCAAAGCUGCGGCACGACGCGGUGGUCACGAAUGAGCAUUUAACCGAAGCGUUGCGGCGGCUGCGCAAGAACCAGAGCGACAACAACGUCGACAGGCGGCUGGUGACUAACAUCCUCCUCUCGUUCCUCACGACCGCGCGCGCGGACAGCAAGCGCUUCGAGAUGCUCAGUUUGCUCAGCACAAUCUUGAGCUGGGACGACGAAGAGCGCGAAAAGGCCGGCUUGCAGCGCGCCCCGAAGGGCAAGCGGCGGCAGAGCGCGGCGCCGACCGCCGAGGAAGACGCCAUGAGCGAGUCCUUCUCAAACCUCUUCGUCGAGUUUCUGCUCAAGGAAGCGAGCCAGGGACGAGACAGCGAGGCGUCGCCGUCGCCCAAACCGCGGUCGCCGGGGGCAUUCUCGCCUGGGCCGAGCUCGCUGACACUGUCGCCAACUCCCAGUGGGGCUACGACGCCACUGUCCCGCGGAUACAGCUAUCAGCGGACGCGGGCGCUGAGCUCGACGAGCAAUACGAGCCGGGACGGGAGCAGCGCGAGCUAGACGCUAUCGUUGCGCAUGGGAGGGACGGGCGGGAUAAGGGGAGGAAAACGAGUUUCGGGCUCAGCGAAGCGCUGCGGCAGGGAUAGUGUAUGUAUGGAGUAUCAGAG